AUGGAAAAAAUCAUGAUCCGGGUUCUAGUAACUCGUCUCUUAUAUUUGCCGCUUUUGCAGAUAUGGUUAAGGGGAAAAAAACCGCUAAGACCUACUACUAUAGAUAUUGGUAGUCUCCCAAACCCUAUUUUUCAUGAUAAUAAACCUUCAAUAGAAUUGCCACUAGAUUUUUUUCAGGAAGGGUGUGCGAUCUGGAAUCAUAGUCUUAUUGGAAGGUUGCAUCUUAAAUCUAAAAGUUUUGAUGUGGUUACAAAAUCUUUGGAAGAUCAAUGGAACUUAGGUACGGGUAAGGUAAAGUUCACACCUACGAACAAAGGUUUUUUUAUUAUAAAGUUUUCAUCUGAGGAAGAUAAAGUAAAAAUUCGUGAUGGUAAAACCUGGAAAAUUAAUCAACAAGAGUUACGGCUCCAAGAUUGGUUUCCUUGGUUUGAUCCAGAUAAAGAGAGUUCUUCACAUGCUACUGUUUGGGUUAAUUUUUCUGGGUUAUAUGUGGAAUUAUGGACUGAAAAAAUCUUGUUAUCACUUGGUAAAAACCUUGGUAAUCCCAUUAUGGUGGAUAAGAAGACGUUAAAUCAUGAUUAUGGAUGUUAUGCAGCUGUUUUAGUUGAUAUUGAUUUUGCGAAGACAGUGCCUGAUUCCAUUCAUGUAACAGUGGGUGGUAGAAGUUUUGAACAGUUUGUGGAGCUACAAAAAAUUUCCAAGUUUUGCUCCCACUGCAAAAUUGUUGGACAUGUUGAAUCUGAUUGUAGGCAGAAAACCAAGAAAAAUCAUCAUGUUAAUCCUACAAAGAGUAUUCAAAAGUGGCAACCUGUUAAAGAUAAGAUUAUGCAAGGUGCUACUAAUGUUCCUAGUACGAGUUCUGUUGAGAAUAAUCCAGUUGCAACUGCGUUGAAUGCUGCUAGUAGUAGGGUUGAUCUUACUGCCUCUGUAGCUAAUCAAACUACUCAAACACAUGGAUUGGACUUUGGUAAAUGGAAAGACUAA